AAGCCGCCUCGCGCCGCGUAAGAGGGAUUUGACAAUUGAGAGUGUGAUUCCCCGCUGCACGUCCUCCGUGGGACUCGGAGCCGACCAUGGCGGCGGCGGCUGCUGCGUGCGGCCAGCACGGCACCGCCAUAUCGACCACGAAAAAAACCCAAAGUCGGGAGCAAAUCCGGCGGAACCGCGAGAAUUCAAACCGGAGAAAAGCCGCUCUUUUGUUCCUCUCGAACAUCUCGUUGGACGGGCGGCCGGUGCGCAGCAGCUCAGCCGAGCAGCGGCGCAACGACACCGUCCCGGAGGGCGCCGAGCUGAGCGAGCUCGCUUCCAAGACGCUCCCGGAGCCUGGUCACCGCAGCGAGACCCGCUCGAGUAGUUUGUCAGCUUCCGUCAGCUGCCGGGACGUGAAAACAACGUCCACCGCGGGGUUCCUCGCCGUGCCGCCCAUUGUCGUCUUACCUGCCGGUUCCGACGCGGGGAGCGCGGAGCUGCUGCUCGGCCGCCGCAGGGACUCGGUGCCCUUGGUGGCCAACAGCAACCUGCUCUCGCCGUCGCUGACGCUGUCGGCGUCGGCGUCCAACAGCAGCCUGCUGCCGUCGCCCGUGGGACCGCGGAAGUCGUCCACGCUGCUAUCGGUGCAGAGCUGCAGCUCUGUGUCCUCCGAGUUGAGGCAAAGAACCCGAAACCUCUCAGGCGGGUCCCCCAGGCCGCGACACACCAAGAAAAUCCACUUCAUCAAAAACAUGAAGCAGUACGACACGAGGGGAAGCAGGAUCGUGUUGAUCUGCGCCAAAAGAUCCCUGUGCGCGGCCUUCUCUGUUCUGCCGUACGGAGAGAGCUUUUACCUCAGUGAGCCGAUGUUGAACCAUCCCCGGAGGAGACACUCAUCCGGGAAUAUUUCCGCCUCCUUGGAGAUGGGACUGGAGGGUUUCCACUUGGAGACGUACGGCAGGUCGGUGUCGUACGCCCAGUUCCUGUACCCCACCAACGCCCUGGUCAGGCAAAAGCCGUCUUCCGCCAGCGACCUGACGCUGCAGAUUCCCACAUCCAGGAGCUCCCACGGCAUGCCGCCCAGGAGCUUCACCCCGAGUCGACUCAACAGCGCUGUGGGACUUGACCUUGGACUGGAGGAUGUGACAGACUACGACCCUAAUAUUCUCAGUGACCCCCAGUGGCCUUGUGGGAAACACAAGCGGGUACUGAUCUUCGCCUCUUACAUGACGACCGUCAUAGAAUACGUGAAACCUUCCGACCUGAAGAAAGACAUGAACGAGACAUUCAAGGAGAAGUUUCCUCACAUCAAACUCACCCUGAGUAAGAUUCGCAGUCUGAAGCGAGAGAUGCGAUCGGUCGGCGAGGACUGCGGCCUGCAGCCCGCCACCGUCGCAAUGGCCUUCGUCUACUUUGAGAAGUUGGUGCUGCAAGGGCGACUCAAUAAACAGAACAGGAAGUUGGUGUCGGCUGCCUGCAUUCUAUUGGCAGCUAAGAUUAGCAGCGAUCUAAGGAAACAGGAGGUCAAACAUCUCAUUGAUAAGCUGGAAGAGCGCUUCAGGAUCGGCAGGCGGGAGCUGAUAACCUUCGAGUUCACCAUCCUGGUGGCCCUGGAGAUGGCGCUCUACCUCCCGGAGAGUAAAGUCAUGCCACAUUACAGGCGGUUGGUGCAGCGGCAGCAGCUGUAGCCUCCAACCAAUCAUCGACUCCUGAUUUGCACAGGUUUUGGGAUAAGAGGGCACAAUUAAUUUUUCACAUGAGAAGAACAGAUCAAUAAGGGAUGAUUUCCCCCUAAACAAGUCCUCUUUCUUAAAUCCUCACGGAUCAUCUUAAUGACAUUCUGGCAGGAAUUCAAGAUUCCAGUUGCCUCCAUUCAACUUUUGCGGAUUACCGAUUCCCGGAUGACUGACAACGUCCGCGUUUCACCCGUGGAGUCACAUCGAGGGCACAUGCGCAAAACGGUCUACAAAGUCAAGCUGCCCAUGUUCAUUCGACAAGGGCCGUCUUUCAAGCAGAGGGACGGGAAAAACACUGAAAAUCAUCACGGAGGCUUCUGUUCUGUCUUGGCACCACCGAACGCCCCGCCGUGAACCAGCAAUACAAAACCAGUGGGCCACCAAAGACUCCCGAUUCAACCCACCCAACUGCUGGCUCCCCUCGCCGCCUCCAUAAACCACCUCUUGGGUCUUCACCUUUUCCGCCGACUUGGCGUCUCCAUUUCCAAUUUCCUUGACGUUUUAAUCUGCACUUGCUUCCUAAACUGCUUCCUCGGUGGGAGUGCACAGAAACAAAACGAGUGACUUUGCGAGGUAUAACAUAAAUGUGACAUCUCUGCAUGUCCGCAUAAUUUCUAGCGCUCUCUCUCUAAAUGUUCUCACGUAGAGUUGUACAGGUAAGGCACGGCGACCUCACCCAAAUAUUUGCGGCUUGGGGUCAAGGGUUUGUGGGUAAAUUCCUGGUUUUGCAACAUACUGUCAUGGAAAGAAAUGAUGAGACCACGCUUGUUUCUUCAAUUUCUUGUUUAUUUGAGUGCCUGUUACCACGAAAGGUACAGUAUAUUACCUGUAGACUAUAAAGAACACAACAAAAAUGCAGCUUGAUUCAAUAAAACUUGGUGUCCUAUUUGACAUGCCGAAGCUUAAUUAUUUUCCCAGUGAUUUUGGUUAUUAUCAAGAAAACUGUGCGCUAUAUUGCUUGUCAUCGUAAUAUUGGUCCACGCAAAUGUACCGUUAGUUGUGCCGAGCAUUAAAAAUGAGCAAGAAACUGAAGAAAGGGUCAUCUCAUAUUGUUCCAUGACUGUAUAAAUGGACACCGAGUCUUUGGUAAUGUUCAGCGCCAUGGACGCCGUGAUUGGCUUCCACUGCGCUCCUUUUCUUGUCAUACGCAAAACAAUGUGAAAAUGACUCCGCUCAGGUUAUCAGUUCCUUAGCGAGAAUUAUAUCCGGGGGAAAAAAAAAAAAAAAAACUUUUUCCUAGAGUGCUCGGAAAAGUGUCUAAAUAUAGCCUGUAUAAAUGUGGGCGAAAUUGUCAACACUGACUUGUGCUUUUAUAACCUACUGUACCUCCUCUCUUUUUGCAGCAAUGUUGUUAGUGGAAGCAGUGCAAGUCAGCUGGUGACAGUAGAUCAAUAUUGAAUUGAAUUUGGUUAAGUUAAUUCCCAUGGCAUGGGGGGGGGGGGUAUUUAAUGGCAUAAAUUUCAUCAAAGAGUUUUAUUUCCAAAGAAUGGUCAUGGUGGGGCGGUUGGUGUGGUGCCAAUUGGGAGAUUUGUCCCAUUGGCACCAGUUGGCAGCACAUCUCGGGCCUUCGGUGUUGACCAGUGACGGCCCGCUGCUCUUUCUGCUCUUUGCUUCAUCAUCCUGAGUUUGAAAUAACAAACGGACGAAAGGCAAUGAUAUUUUCCUCGCGCUGAAUUUUUGUACGUUGUGAUACUGGCGCUCACUGAAGUCGAUCAUUUAUAAUAUCUGAUUGACAUUUGUAGCAAUAAGCACAAGCAGUCGAGUGUCUUUUGGAUCUACAGUGCUACAUUGUCUUCUCUACAUUAGAGACUUGAUUCUAUGCAGCCCUCCCAUCCCUGCCCACCUUAUUUUAUUUUAUUUAAAACUCAGCUUGUGUUUCACUUUGUCUACUGUUUGUCUUCCAUUUAUUUAUGACCAUUUUCUUGGACAUUCUUGUUAAUUUAAGGUUACAUUUCUAUCAUUGGCGACAAUGUGGACAAGCCUUCAGCAGUUUUACUUUAAAUGUACGAUGUAAUAUAUAUGUAUACGGUAUGUGUGUUAAUUGAUUGCCUCAGCCCACUGAGCUUAAAGCUUCGUGACAUUC